AUGUUCUCCCCGCUUGCAUUUCCAACCGGCAUGAUUCUCUACGAUUUAUCGUUCUCAGUUCCCCCCACUUCACAUCUCGAACUGUUUCCUUUCGAAAUACACCGGGAACCGCUGGUGAUAAUUGCCAUAGCAGAUGGAGCGGAAUUGGUCACAAGCCCUGAAAUGAAGGAGCAUCAUCCCACGCCGGAGGGACUCGAUGAGUUGCGAGAUCAACUUGAUGCGGUGAAGGAGAGAAACCCACGGGCACUUGUGACCCAGCUCCUGGUGUUUGACUACAACGGCCUUGAGAAACUCACCAAUGGUCCGGAUAAUGUGCUUUGGGUCCCCCGCCCUGAGGCUUCCAAAGCAACUACGAUGAAAACUGUCCUAUGUGAUAUUACAUCCGUUUUGCUCUCGGAGCUGGACGAGUUCGCCAAGACCAUUCAGGCUAUCCCGUCGAUAGAAUCCCCGAAAGCUUCAUCCUGGGGUCCACACCGCAAUCCAGAGCUACGACCGCGGCCAGUGGACCGAUUGAUGAAUCGUAUGACCCUGCCAGCACAGUUUCCCUCCAAUUCUAAUGGGGCGGCUACAGAGACGCCACUAAGCUCCAAUCCCAGCUCUCCAGCUCCUAGUGACCAUGAAACCCCCACAACAUUUGAUGAGAUUACCCGUUCGAUCCACCUAUCCAGAACGAAUUCAGGAGGCAGGAGCCCCUCAAUCUCGUCACCCAAGGAGCAUAGUCGGGAUCGGAUGUCUGUUAGCGGAUUAAGUGCCACGGACAGGACCAAGAACCGUAUCAAGGGGCGCUCUGGUGUCGUCAUCGGUACUCUUUUCCUGCAGGCAGGAAGAUGGCCAGAUGCUCUCAAGGAGUUAGUUGAAGCGGCUACCAAUGCACGGGCCGGAAGUGACUAUGUCUGGCAUGGCAAAGCAUUGGAAAAUAUUCUUCUUUGUCUUCUGAUGCUCGCAUGGGCGGGAAUGGACUUCCAUAUCCCUUCUGUGCUCUACCCCGUCGCCGAUAAAGCCUCCAAAGCCAUUCGAGAUGCAAUACAAGCCCCAAGCGCUGCUGGAAAUCGACUCGUCUCCCUCCAGAACCUAGCGAAUUUGCUCCCAGAUCUUUCCAACACUAUCUUAAACCUCUACACUCGUGCUGCCAACAUUACCGAAGAACCUUUGCCGCAAUUGGUCUUCUCAGAGACUGUCAUUCGAUUGUCAAGACUGCUGGUCUCGGCUCGUAUUCGCGAUGGUGCCCUUGAUGAUAACGCCCUGAAACAUAUCGUCAUGAAUGAAGCUUUGGUUCCUUUAAUGCAACCGGAGCUUCCUCGUGGGACAGUCGUGCUGCGCAAGUCUGAGAUUGCCAAUUUCUUGUAUCGCGCGCUUCCGCUUGCACCUGGCGCAGAGCUACCUGCUACUGAUGCAGUACCCAUUAUUGUGGGUGUCGUCUCCGUUCUGAGUGCGCUUGACUUACCACGUAAGAAAGCGUUCCUUAUGCGGGAGCUUCUUUCUGUCAUGGUUCCCAGCCUAGUGCAAGCGCGAAAAAUAGGUGCCGCAGAAGUCGGAAUUCAUCCUGCUGCCGGGCUAUCAUCUCUCAGUGAUACCGCAUUUGAUGUGAACGCUCUUGACGUUGGACCCGGGAAUAUGGAGAAGAGUGUCCGUAUUCUUCUCGGUACUAUAGGUGAGAUAUAUGGAGUGCAGCCUUCUGCAGUUUACGAAUGGGAGAAGCGACAAAGUCAGACCUCCACUCGUGGUAGCUCCCACGAGUGCCUUGAAUAUGACUCGAUUGCAGGCAUUGCUGAGCGAUCUUUCCGCCACGUUGUUUUGGACAGAUAUGGAGAUAUGAACCUCAAAAUUGAUGUUUUGAAGGCAUGCAUUAACUGCUGCGAAGCUCUUCCCGACUUUGACGGCGUUCUUCGUUUCACCGUCGAGCUCCUUCAGACUAUUCGGGGAGAUCUUAUGCUGAGCGAAGAUUAUAAGAUGCCACCAUAUCUCCCUCAAGACGAGCAAGUUCGGCUUUUGAACAACAUCAAACGCACUGUUGGAGCUGGGAACAGGCUUGGAGCUGAGAAUAUGGCUGCAGAGUAUUGGGAUGACUUCCUUGUGCGCGACAUCAAAUUACUGGCUCUGCCUGAUCCUAAGAGGCCUGUUCGUCGGUCCAAAACCGAGCUCGAUGCUGUCACCACGAGUUCGGAGAAAUCAAAGAAAGACCCCUUUCUAUACAAUCCAUUUGCUAAGCCCAGCAGCAAAGCUCUGGAAAUGCUUAGCGUAACAGACGAGCCUGCUUCAUUCCAAGUGACGCUCCAAAACCCUUAUGAGUUUGAAAUCGAGGUUGAGCAUUUACGAUUAGAAAGCGAGGGAGUGUCAUUUGAUGCCGUGGCCGAAAAUAUCAUUCUUCCCCCCUUUGUCUGCAGGAUGUCAUUGUUCUUGGCACCGCGCACGAGGAGGGCAAUUUGA